AUGGUUAGUAAAAUGCCACGUGAUGACGACAACGAUGAUGAUGAUGGUGAUGAUGAUGAUGGUGAUGGUGAUGAUAAUGGUUUGGCCUUGAUGCUGAUCAAGAUCGUGAAGAGAUGGGGGGACCUUACUGAGAAUGAUGAUGUUGUUGAAGAGAAGAUUCCCCCAAAAGGUGGACAGCCGGGGAGGGAGGGGAUUCUUCAAGGCGUGCUCACCUGGCGAUACCAGGGCAUUUUACCGAGGCAUGCUCCGGCGCGAUCGAGACAUAUCUUUACUGUCUCUCCCCCCGUCCAGUGGUCUCGGAGAAAGAAAGACGAAAUACACCGCCAAAUUUCUAGUCUUUCCUUGCUCCUUUCAGAGGCUCCCGACACUUCUUCUUCUUCUUUCUUCUUCUUCUUCCUCGUCUUCCUGCCCGACCCCCCCUCACAUCUGGCUGCGGCCUCUCCUGGAGGAGCCGAUUCUGCUGCUAUGUCUACUGCUAUGUCUGCUGCUAUGUCUGCUGCUACUGGAUCAGCUGGGCCUGCUGCUGGUGGAUCUCCUGCUGCUGCCGCUGCAUUGCUCGGAGGAUGGCCCGAAACAGAACGUUCUUCUAUCUCGAGGAGAGGGACGGGAUCACGGUGGUCUAGUCUAUUGUCGGGGUCCGCUUCGAUACCGGUCUUCAACCACAAAGAACAUUAA